CCUCUCCUCAUCCCGACCCGAGACCAUCUUGCUUGCUCGCUCGCCCAUCAACCCCAUUAACAACUCACAGUCCUCCCCGUCAUCAUGGCCUGGCGGAACCAGGGUAUCACCGGCUCCAACAACAUCCCUCUGGGCCGGAGACGGUUUGGAGGCGAUGACGGUCCGGACGACGACAGCCGCACCGCGACACCCGCCUCCGCGGCCGGCGAUAGCGGCUACAAGCGUGGGAGGAGCCCUGUUCGUGCUGAACCCCCCGUCGAUGGCGUCAAGAAGCGCAAGAAGCGCAACCGCUGGGGCGAUGCGCAGGAGAAUAAGGCCGCUGGUCUCAUGGGCUUGCCCACCAUGAUCAUGGCAAACUUCACCAAUGAACAGCUGGAGGCGUAUACCUUGCAUCUGCGCAUCGAGGAGAUCAGUCAGAAGCUGAGAAUCAAUGAUGUGGUUCCGGCGGAUGGCGAUAGAUCUCCCUCUCCUCCCCCCCAGUACGAUAACUUUGGCAGACGUGUAAACACUAGAGAGUACCGGUAUCGGAAGCGCCUCGAGGAUGAGCGCCACAAGCUCGUCGAGAAGGCCAUGAAGACCAUCCCUAACUACCACCCGCCCUCUGACUACAGGCGCCCUACUAAGACCCAGGAGAAGGUCUACGUGCCUGUGAAUGACUAUCCAGAGAUUAACUUCAUUGGCUUACUCAUAGGACCCCGUGGAAACACCCUCAAGAAGAUGGAGACCGAGUCCGGCGCGAAGAUCGCGAUCCGUGGCAAGGGCUCCGUCAAGGAAGGAAAGGGUCGCUCUGACGCCGCCCACGCCAGCAACCAGGAGGAGGAUCUUCACUGUUUGAUCAUGGCAGAUACCGAGGAGAAGGUUAACAAGGCGAAGAAGCUGGUGCACAAUGUCAUCGAGACGGCCGCCUCCAUCCCCGAGGGUCAGAACGAGCUCAAGCGGAACCAGCUGCGUGAGCUGGCUGCGCUGAACGGUACUCUCCGUGACGACGAGAACCAGGCUUGCCAGAACUGUGAGUUUUCUCUUUCUUUCUCCCCCCUUCUAAUAUACGUGGCUAAUAACUUCAGGCGGCCAAAUCGGUCACCGCAAGUACGACUGCCCCGAGCAGCGCAACUUCACCGCCAACAUCAUCUGUCGUGUCUGUGGCAACGCCGGCCACAUGGCUCGCGAUUGUCCCGACCGCCAGCGCGGCUCCGACUGGCGCAACAACAACGGCGGCUUCGGCCAGCGCGGGCCCCGGGCCAUUGGCGGUGGUGACGCCGUUGACCGCGAGAUGGAGCAACUCAUGAAUGAACUGUCUGGCGGCGCCCCCGGCGAAGACGGUCACGUCCCUCGUCGGAUCGAGGCUGGCCCCGACCAAGGGUACGACGACC